AUGGCAUUCUUCUUUGUUCACACAUUUGCAUUUGGAUGUCCGCAGCUUUUCUUUUUUUUUUUUUUUUUUGUGUGUCCGGUGGGUAAAUGUUUUUUUUUUUUCUUCCUUCCUUUUUGUUACUCGUUCCCCUUAAUAGAAACUUAUAUAAUGACAGACUACAUUGAAGAACGCCAAAUGGAACUGGAGGCUCUAGAGUCUAUCUAUCCAGACGAAUAUGAAGCCAUUGGUGAAAAUGAAUUUCGUAUUUCUAUUUACCCUGAUGAAGAAGACGAAGAAGUAUGGUGUGGAGUGUCUCUUCAUGUUACCUACACGCCCAAUUAUCCAGAUGAAUUACCAGAAUUUGAUAUCGAAGUUAUUGAUGGUAGUUUAUCAGAUUCACUGAAAAAUAAAAUGAUGGAUGACUUAAGGACUGCGGGUGAAGAAUCCUUGGGUAUGGCCAUGAUCUUCACAAUGGCUUCUUUAUUAAAGGAACAGUUGAAUGAGAUGGUCAGUAACGCACAACGUAUUCGUGAAGAAGCUGAAGAAGAACGACAACGCAAACUGGAGGAAGUAGAAAUGGCAAAAUUCAAUGGUACCAAAGUUACUAUUGAAAGGUUUUUGGCAUGGAAAAAAGGUUUUGACAAGGAAUUGGAAGCCUUAGAAGAUCAAGCUAAACUGGCACGGGCAAAGGAACUCAAGAAUAAACUUACAGGUCGACAAUUAUUUGAACAAGAUAAAACUCUUGCAUCAUCCGAUGCCAAGUAUAUGGAUGAAGGGGAUGUAUCUGUGGAUGCGACACAAUUUGAAAAGGUGACUACUGUGGUGGACGAAGAUGAUGAUAAGGAUGCUGUUUGGAAACGAUUUGGAAACGAAGAAGAAUGAUUUUAUUAGUUGUAGUCUAUUGUAUAGUUUGAAAUUGUCUCAUUUAUCAUCAUCAUCAUCAUCAUUAUAAUAUAAUAAAUAUUUAUUCUUUUGAUCUUU